AUGCAGACAUCUAGAAAGGUUAAUUCGAACAGAACUUCGGACCCUAAAACAGCGUCUGGUUUACGCUCUACGGAUGGAAGAAAAGAGGAUACGCCUACAACGAAAGCAACAUCAGCCGCAUAUGUUUCCGAUGCGAAGAAAAAGUCAUCAAAAGAAAUCGUAUCUGGAAGAUUACCUCAAAAUAAUGCAAUCGUGUACAUUCCCGAUCUACCACCUGUGAAUAAUGAUGACAAUGUGAAACUAGAACAACAAAUUCGUCAUCGUAUUGAAAAGGUUAUGAAAUUGAAAGUUGGUGAUAUAGAGUGUUACUCAAAAUUAGGCGUUGGAAUAGUUCACGUUGACACAGAUGAAAUAAGAGAUCGAUUUAUCUAUGAAGUGAAACAGAUAGCUUUGGAUCCAGGAUUUGGCAAAGCUGUAAUCUCGUUCGUUCGAGAGCUUGAACUGAUUUCAUACGUUGUAAUUGAGGUUGUCAAAGAAAACAAGAAUAUUAUUUUACCGACAACCGAAGAGAUCCGUCGUCGCUGGAUGGAAAUAUACAAAGGAGAAAGACCAAGUAUAUGCGAACAACUGAAUGUUGAAUUUUUGAAUAUCUAUAAGAUUGUUGUCACGUCAUUAGAUGAAUUACUUAAAGCCAUGAAAUAUCGAGAUUUUACAAUUAAAGAUCGACUCGCUCAAGUCUAUUUGUGUACUCAUUGUAGUUUUCUCGAGGAUCUACCUCAAUCAAUAACGGAAGAUCAAUUACGAAAGGCGAUUAGUAUAGAAAUUCAAGAGCCAAAUGUUUCAUUAACAUCAAUUUACAUUCAACUUAACAAACAAACACGCAAUGCAUGCAUUCUUGCAACGAAUACAGCACAAAUUUGGUCAACAAAAAGUUACUUGCAAAUCGAUGGCAAAAUAUUCCCAAAGCAGAAUAAACUUACUUGUCGUCUGUGUAUUUAUUCUCUUCCUUCAUCAUUUGAUAUUCAAAAGAUAAUAAAACACGAAGAGUUUAAAGGAAAAGUGCUUGAUUAUAAACAGCAUGGAAACAAUCUUGUUCUUGAACUGUCAGAUGAAACAAUUUUUAACGAAUUUUUAACGCGCGGAGUAUUUCGCGUCAAUCAUAACGAAUGUUUUCGUACGGGUGCUUAUACAAUUUCUAUCGAUCCAGAAACAAAUGAAAUUGAUGGAGAUACAUGGUAUGAAACAGAAAUGCCUCGCUACAAGCCUGAUAUCAUGCAAUUUAUUUCUGAUCCUAAUCAUGACAUAUUUCGAUAUAAAUGGAAUCCACAGAUAUGGUUCAAACAAUUUAAAAAUACAAUUAGUGACAAUCGUAAUGAGAAACAGAUGCGCGAUCGAAGAGAUACUCCGAGCGAUAUAACCCGUCAUCAACUACGAGUGACAGUGAUGUUGAAUACACUUGGAGUUGUACGUAAUAAGAACUAUAUGAUACAUGACCAAAGAUUCCAAUUGAAAAUAGAUAAACAUAUGAAAACAAUAAUCUAUGAUCAACGAUCAACAUUGGAACAAGCAGGAAAAUUACCGAUAACAAAACCACCGUAUUCUAAGACACGUGUUGAUGUAUCCAACGAAGACUGUUUGAUUGUUUAUGAACGUCUGGUUAAAAGUAACUAUAAGCCACUUCUUCUCAAUAUGGCUAAUGCAUCGAAUCCUGGUGGUGGCUAUCGAAAGGGCGAUGGUGCACAAGAAGAAAAUCUCUUCCGUCGAUCCGAUUAUUUUCGAAGUCUCGAUGUUGGUCUUGAUCAGUGGCUUCCCGAACGGAGUGCACGGUAUUAUUGUUCAUCAAAUUGUCAACUUGAUCCUCUUUCUGAUCACAACAGUAUGUAUCCAAUGCAUGAAUAUGGUGCUAUUUACACAUCGGGUUUGACCGUUUUUCGUCAGUCUGAAGAAACUGGUUAUGCUUUUAUGGAAGAACCACUUGAAAAUGUCUGCUCUUUGGCUAUGGCUGCUUAUCGAGAUCCAAAAUUAGAUGGAAAUAUGCUUGCACAAAAAUAUGCUAUGGGGACACGAAAAAAAAUUGAAAAUAUCUUUGCUAUUGCGUUUCAUCAUAAACAUGACAGUCUAGUACUAUCAGCUCUUGGUUGUGGUGCCUUUAAGAAUCCACCAAGUCAUGUGGCAGAACUUUUUCAAUCGGUAAUUGAACAAUAUGCUGGUUUUUUCAGAUUGAUUACUUUUGCUAUUCUUGAUGAUCAUAAUGCAGGUCGCCAUUUCAAUCCAGAAGGCAAUUUUAGACCAUUCCAAACUAUUCUUGACGGAAUGGUAGCAACACCAUUAUUGCCAAUGAAUGUGGCACAUACUAUAUUCGGCCCUUAUCGGGUAUUAUCUGAUGGGUUGUCUGUGAGUGACGUGCGUAUAUCAGACAAACCAUUGUGUAGAUUUGGAGCUACUUGUACUGAUAUUCAUAGUCGCAAACACAUUCAAGAGUAUUCUCAUCCACCUCGUUGUCCAUAUGUGGCUGUCAAAGGUAAAUGUGAAUUCACCAAUCAAUUUGUACAUAUGAGCUCAUUCAUACAUCGAAAUCAAUGUCAAUAUGGUGGUGAAUGCCGACAGAUUAAUGAUAACAAACACACUCAAGAAUAUGAACAUCCAUCAAAUUGUCCAAAAGAAGGCACAUGCAAUGAUGUAAGUGAGGAGCAUUUGAAAGAAUAUCGACAUUUACCAUUAUGUCCAGAAGGUCUGAGAUGUGUCUCUUUUAAAAUGCACACUCCAGAUCAUUGUAAAAAUUUUCGUCAUUGUGCAUUGAACUGUCCUUAUGGAAGUAGCUGUGCUUAUGUUCAUGAUAAAGAGCAUCAAGAUAAGUUCGAACAUCCAUUUCCUACACCGUGUCCAUUUACUCCAUUCAAUUGUAAAUUAUAUAUCGAAUUUAUAAAAAGUACAGAUCCGAACACACUUCAUCAUGAUAUUCAACAACAUUAUCUCGAUUAUGCUCAUAUUUGUCCAGUUGGUCGUAAUUGUCGUGAUAAGAGUAAACUGCACUUAGAAAAAUCCAUACACAUUGCUCGACAUAUAUGCCCCGAUGACAUCAAAUGUACAAAACUUACCAGUGAAGAUCAUCUCAAUUCAUUUACACAUACGAAAGUGUCUGAUAUAAGAGAAUUAUGCCAAUAUGCCGAUGAAUGCUUUGAUCGACGAAAGUUGGAACACGUUACUGAGUAUCGACAUGCCGCUAAAUUUGAACAUAGUGGUAUCUUGAGCUAUUUUAAUUUGAACAAAGAUAUUAAUUUUGUACAAAAUCAAAAGGAUAUUAUUGAACGUAUCAUUGCUUAUGUAACAAGUCGAAAAUGGAAUCUACUACCAUCAUGGACUAUUCCAAGUGAGAUCAUCAGUUGGAUACGUACUGUUCAGCCUGUUCAUCGAUGUAAUCUAGUUAUUUUUGAAUCGAUUCUUCUUCAUGGACAUGUUAUGAGUCGAAAGUAUAUGUUAAACUUGAAAAAUCCAACAUUUGUUGCCACUUCUGUUCUACAACAUAGUCGAAUACGGCGUAUUCAAGAAUUACAAGAGAAAGUAAUUGCUGGUCGUGCUAAGGAAUACAUUACUACGUUGGUUCGAUAUCAUUUUGCGAAAAAUGGAUUUAGUGGUGCAAAAGCAACUACUGAUAGUGCUGGAAGCCCCAUUUUAGCACCAGACACUCAUGCUACUGCAGCAUUCUAUGAAAAUGAAUUUAAGAAACAAGAAACAUAUUUAUCACGCGUGUUAAAAGAUAAAGAUUUGGAAGCCAUACGUAUAAAAUCUCAUGAAAUUGCUGAAGCCUCCAUCAAUCUUCAUAUGAAUCCAGCAGGUAUUGGUUUUAGCAAAGACAAAGAUCUAGAAACUGAUAAAACAGUCUUUAGUAUACUAGGCCCACACUUGGGUCACUACUACGGAGAUAUCUUUAUUGUUUUCAAACGUGAAAUUCUCCAUCAUCCUGAUGCAAAUUUCACAGUUCAAGCAGCAACAUCAUACAUGAGUGGAAAUGCUUUUCAAUUACGGCCAUGGUUAGGCGCUGCUCCAGAUGCACAUGAAGAAAGAAUCAAAUUAUUUAAUUGCUCAAAACUAAAUUGUUCAAUCCCAGGCUAUGAUUAUGCAGCUGCUCUUGAAUUAAUUGCAUUUACAAGUGAACAUUUUAAAUUAACCACAAUGAAUAUCACUCUUGAUAAGAUUCUUGAACGUUGGCUUAAUGUUGAUUCUCAUUUAACUAUUGAAGGACAUUUGCCACAGCUCAUUCCAUUGAGUUAUAUUGAUCAUAUUUAUAUUCCACAGAAUUUAUAUGACGCACUUAGCAAAACAUCACAACGAACAAUGAAUAAAACUUUUAAAAAUUCCAUUACUCGAGUACCACAUGAUGGAAUAGCCAAUCAACCGCAAAACCCACACGGCCCAAUACCUCCAUCUAAAUGUCGCGAAGAUUAUCAAAAUUUUGUUGUUGAAGAGUUGCGUAAACGGUUUAUUGAACGUGUAAAGAAUCCAUCAUGGACAUCAGCACAAGGUGCUGCUAUCACCAUACCAUCAAUUGAUUUCACUGAUACUUAUAUUUUACCUUUAACAAUUUCACAAGCAUAUGAACAAUAUUGUUAUGCUAAUAAACACCCACCAUCAGACAAAACAUAUUAUGUGUAUUGGCAAGUUGUUGGUGGAGAUAUGAUGUUAACGUUAUCCAAUGAGCCAAUUCAGCCGGAAGGAAAACAGGCAAAACUUCAAUGCUUGACUUGUUAUAUUGCAGGGAAAGGUCCAUCAAGCGAUACGUCCUAUCAUGAGCAUUAUUCGUAUGUAAAUGAUAGUGCACCAUUUCAACAUCCCAUUUUAAGAGAAACAGUCAAAUUUGCAGCUAAAUCAAAUCGAUUUUUUAACGGCUGUAAUACGGAUGAUUUAAUGACGUUUUGUCUUGAAAUUCAACUUUCAACUGGUACGGUAAUAUUUUCGCAUGCCGGGCCAAAUUCGAUUUAUAAUCAUGAAAAGAUCUUCUAUACAUUCGAUAAAAAUCGACUCAAUUUGAAGAAAUUGAAUUACAUUCAUAUUAGUUGCGGUUCUCGUACAGUUCCAGUUCGAAAUUUGAUUGUUUGCUUUGACAAAUCAGCUAGUUUACAUCCAACAUUUGACAAAAAUUUCAGUAAAAUUUCAUCGUCGGAAGCGGUAAAUUUUUCUGCAUUUCAUAAAAAAGGUGAUGAUCAUGAUAUUUCGCUACCCAAAGCGGGCAAAAAGCAUGAAAAAGAUUCUCCAGGAAUCAUAAAAAGAGUAGGACACUUUUUAUUUGGUGACAGUACAUCGAACUUAAUUCCUUGUCACGAUAACGUUAAUUGUCUGCUUCAACAUUCAUUACGUCACGGAUCAACUCACAAUGCAAAUUAUUCACAUCCAUGUCGUUUCUCUGAACUUUGCCGUACGAAAGAGCCUCAUUUUACACAUGAAUCUCAUCGUGUAUCCAUGUGUAAAUAUGAUAAAAAAUGUAAGAAAAUAGUUGAUCCAUUUCAUCGUGCCGAAUACCGUCAUACGGAGUUACCUGAUUUUCUAAUACCAUGUCGUUAUCAAGCUAAGUGUCACAACGAUUCAGACGAACAUCGAAUUGAGUACUCACAUGGCGAACAAGUCUACAAAUGUAGAGAAUUAGCAGAAAAAAGAAGAUCAAGCACGCCUCCGCCACCAACCAAACAUGAACGUCAUCGUGAUUUACAAAUACCCUGUAAAUGGGGUUCAAAAUGUUGGGAUAUUAAAGAUCCUCAGCAUGGCCGAGAAUAUUCUCAUCCAAAGCCGCCAACUCAUUCGGAUAACGACGAUUAA